AUGAGUAACAGCCACGCCGUCGACGCCGAAGCGUCUGAGCUCCGUCAAAGACAGACGAAUGGGUUUCCCAGUGUCGCUGACCCAGCACAGUCUGUUACUUCAGAAAGUCUGGCCACCAAAACCGCCCCGGACCAUGGCAAGCCCAAGUCCAACCCAAAGACCUAUGGGCGAACCCCGGACGGCACAGUUUUCAUUGUGCCAACUACCCAUGACAUGGUUUCGCAGCUUCUGGACCCACGACAGCCCAAAAAUCUGUCAGACGCCGUUGUUCUCGGCAUCCUGGGCUUGAUGAUUUUAGUUGCCUACUCUCUACCAACCGGAUGGAAGCGACCUGUCUUCGCAAUCACUUUUCUGUUCUGGAGAGGCUGCUACAAUGUUGGAAUCGGUGUGUUGUUACAUAUUCAGUCCCACCAUCGACGUCUGAUAACGUGGGCCAAACGAUGGAAGCUCUUCGAAGAUCCCAGAUCAGGCAAGAACCCUCGACCUUGGCUUUACAACCUCCUCAAACGAGAACUCGAAGCAAAAAUACCAGAAGAUUACGACUUCGAGAAGGCGCCUCUGGAGUACAACACAUGGUUGGUCUUCCGGCGGGUUGUUGACUUGAUCUUGAUGUGUGACUUCGUGUCGUAUUGCCUGUUUGCUAUGGUCUGUGGCCACACCCCGGAAGCGGAGAACAUUCUUGUUUGUGCUACUCGCUGGGCCCUGGGUAUUGCCUUGGUUGGAUUCAAUCUCUGGGUGAAGCUGGAUGCCCACAGAGUCGUCAAGGACUUUGCGUGGUACUGGGGUGAUUUCUUCUAUCUCAUCGACCAAGACCUUACCUUUGACGGCGUGUUCGAAAUGGCGCCGCACCCCAUGUACUCGAUCGGCUAUGCUGGAUACUACGGCAUCUCCAUGAUGGCGGCCAGCUACGAGGUCCUCUUCAUCUCCAUCAUCGCCCAUGCCGCACAGUUCGCCUUCCUGGUGACUGUGGAAAAUCCUCACAUCGCAAAAAUCUACAAUCCUCCUACACCGAGGAAGAGAGACGUUUCCCGGCUGCAGAGCGAUUCCAAUGUGAGUCUCGACAUGCCCGACCACAACGUCAUCAACCGCUCGGCUUCUACCACCAAGAUGCCUACGCAAGAGCCACCAGUCCCGGUUCACAACAUGGUUGGCUUCAGCAACAUGGAUCUUUUCAGAGUGCCAGACUCCAUGGUUGUCCUCCUGCCCAUGUAUGUAGCCAUCCUCACUCUGGCGACCCCAACGACGCCAGCUUGGCAGGCCUUCUUCGUAGCUCACGCACUCUUGUGGCGUGUCUGGUAUCACCUGGGGCUAAGCAUUAUUCUUGACAAGCAGUCCAAAACCAAAAUGUGGACCCGUCACUUUCUCAAAUAUGGUGAAAGUGCAGGCGAGGCGUGGCGGCAAUGGAAGGGCCUGCAUCAUAUCAGCAUGAUCAUGUGCAACGCGUCCUUUGUUGCGGCCUGCUACAAGAUGUACUCCAUGCCAGCGGACUGGGGCUAUGGCCUUGUGCUUCUAAAACACGUCAUGGGUGGCGGCUUGAUUGCCCUUCAACUAUGGACUGCCUUCAGCGUCUAUGACUCGUUGGGCGAAUUCGGCUGGUUCUGCGGUGAUUUCUUCUGGGACCAAGAGGCUAAGCUCACGUACACAUCCAUCUAUCGAUUUCUCAACAACCCGGAAAGGAUCUUUGGAACGGCUGGUGCAUGGGGCGGCGCACUCAUUACCUGGAGCAGGGCCAUCUUCAUCAUGGCUCUUGUAGCACAACUGCUUACUCUGUAUUACAUCUCGUACGUCGAGAGACCACACAUGCAAAAGAUCUACGGCAGAAGCAUGCGUGGAGAGGCUGGUCUCACCAAGUUUAUCAAGCGUUCCUUGCCACCUCCGGUGAAAGGCUGGCAAGCGAGUGUCGACAAGGUCCUCGACGAUACCACUCAUUUCGUAGAAGACUUCAUUGAUACCGCUCGCCCCAAGUUUGCUUCCGGUGUCAAGACCAUUGUGCGAGAUACGUCUGCUUUCUUCAACAUCGCACCGGCUCGUAUCACUCUGACCAAGAUUUCUGCUGAUGUGGCUGGCCUGGACCCGAAGCUGUACUCGCUCUCCGUGCAAGGCACGCCGUCUUCCCUGACAAAUAUUCAUGAUAGAGCCACGGGCAAGGAGAGUCUCACCGGGCGGUUUCCCAAGCCCGUCAAGACCACGGCAUUUGAGUAUGGCACUCCCUUGAGAGUCAAGUGGAGGGCACCGGCAAACCACAGCGAAAAGGAUUGGAUUGGCCUGUACAUGGUUACGGAUAACCGGUCCAGAGAGGCUACCGAGGUGCCGUCCCUUGGACGCUGGGCUCCCACGAACGAAGGCGUCUAUGACGCCUUGACCGCUGACCGGAGCAUAGUGACCUCGGAGCAUCCUUGUCCCAAAGGCGACUCGUCUGAGCCAGACAUGGUAGAGGGUGAGGUGGAAUUCAGUGGAGACAAGCUAUGGUGGACGCAGGGUGUUUUCGAAUUCCGAUACCACCAUAAUGGCAAGCAUAUUGCCAUGUCCAUAUCCGAGCCCUUUGAGAUUCGCAUUUCGCAGUUUGCAGAGAAUGAUGCUGAUAUCGAUUCCAAGGGCAUGUACGCCGAAGCAGUCGAGGCGUCUAUCCUGCCGGUUGUCCGGAACUGUCUGGAUAGAGACCCCGAUAUUGCUCCAUGCACUAUCGAUGAAGCAUUUGGUAGCCAUGUCGAGCGUGAUGGCAAAUAUGCCAAGAGGAUAGUAUAUGCCAUUCGAGAAAUGUUUGGGGUUGAUUUUGCGCCAGUUGUGGUGUUGGCAGAUGGAAACGUACGGAAACUAGCCUGGAGAAUCUGUAACGCCAAGGAAGUUCUGGCACCAUAUAGUAUGUCCCGUUCAAAAGGCUCUGCAACGCCAGCGGCGCAAGAAUUCGACACUGAAACUUGA